UUUGAUCGAGCCGUGCACCGCCUUUACGCCGAUCCGGGACAAAUCUGUGCCAAUCAGCUAGCCGAUCGCCUUUUUCAACGCCUCUAUUGGGCAUUUCGAACUAUACAAUUUAAGAUUUUUUACAAGAACGAAGAGCUGGACGUGGAAGAAUUCACCGAACGCUGUGACGUCGGCGUACGACCGCCGCCGCUCGAGGAACUCGCCAGAACGACGCGAUUCAAUCGUCGGUGGAUCAAGUAUAUGUACGCUAAAUUCAAAAAUGAAUGUCCAACUGGCCGAAUGCUCGAGCCUGAAUUCCGUCACGUUCUCGCAUCAAUCAUAGCCCCGGAGAGGGCAACCGAUCAGUACUUCACACGACUAUUCCUUGCUUUCUCUUCAGAUGACAAAAAAGCAGUCACAUUCCAAAAUUUGAUCGAGUGUCUCUCACUUAUACAACCUCAAACAGCUGAAUCUAACGCACUCUGGACGAUCCGCAUCAUUACAGGAUGCCAAGUCGACCGAUUCGCCUUCCCGGAAUUCCUUUCAUUUACUCAAUCAGUAUUCGGGUUAAACGAAGGAAAACAGGUUGAUAAUUAUGAAGAUGCAAACAAGGAAACUGUGCAACAACGGGCAACAACAAUUUUUAAUGAACUUGACAGUAAUGGUGAUGGUAUUGUCACUUUAGAAGACAUGAUUCGAUUUUUUAAGGGAUUUGAAGUCGCCUCGCAAGUUCGAAAUACUACCAGCAGCAACAAUACAAAUCGAUUACCAGUAUGA